AUGGCCGUACACGAAGAACCGCCCCUGUUCAACACCACUCCUUCUCAAUUAAUCAAAUCAGCGUCUGACUUGAUCGAUCGAGUUAACCAAACCAUUAGCGACCUUGUCCAGUCUGUGUCGCCCGAGAUGGCAUCUUUCGAAAAUACAAUUCUCCCAUUCGCGGACAUCGAGAACGAAAUUAAGGGCAGUGUGCAAUACAUGGCCCUUUUCCAAGCCGUCUCUCCUGAUCCGGAGAUGCGCAAGGCGUCUUCGACUGCUGUCAACACCGUCGAUAAAGCCUACCUUGAGCUAUUCCGAGACCGUCCAUUAUACUCACUAGUGCAUGCAGUACAAAGCAAGAGCUUACAGGGUACCAUGGAUGCUGAAGACAGCAAGUAUCUGAAAAGGCUCCAUUCCUUAUUCUGGGAUAACGGGGUUGGGCUGGAGGGAAGUGCAAAGAAGCGUUUCAAUGAGAUCUCUAAUAGGUUGGUGGAACUGCAAGUUGCUUUCAUGGAAAACUUGGGCUCCGAUCCUGGUUGUGUUUCGAAGACCCAAGAUGAGCUUGUUGGUCUGACUGCCAAAGAAGUGGACAAUUUUUCGAACGGUAUUCCUUUGAAAAAAUCACAAACCAACAUUGUUCUCUCACAUUGCCGCAAUAGUGAGACUCGGAAGGAGAUAUUUCUUCGAGGCCAGAAUAUAUUCCCCGAAAAUGCCGAUCUACUGAAAGAAACAGUCAUUCUUCGAGAUGAAGCAGCUAGGUUGCUCGGCUUCAGCUCAUUUGCAGCACAGAAGGCAGGCGAGAAAAUGCUCAGUUCACCUCAAUCGAUCCACCGGACACUUGACGAACUUGCAGAUCAUUUACGUCCACUCGCCCAAAUCGAGCUACGAAUAAUGCGAGAGCUGAAAGACGGCUCUGAUGAAUCUUUCUUUUUAUGGGACUUUGACUAUUACCAUGAUCUUCUCCUACGGGAACGAUACAAUGUGGAUCAUGAAUUGAUAUCAGAGUAUUUUCCAGCAUUAUACACGGUCGGGAAAAUGCUUACGAUCUUUGAGGGCAUACUUGGUCUGAGAAUAGAAGAGAUUCGAGAUAUAUCUAAGGAAAGAAUCUGGCAUCCGGAAGUCCAAGUGUUUCGCGUUCAAUGCGCGGAGACAUUGCAGCUUCUUGGAUUUCUCUACGUGGACAUCUUUCCCCGAGCAGGGAAGUACAACCAUGCGGCGAAUUUCAAUAUCUUUCCGGUAGGUGAUAAUGCCAGUGAACUUUCCAAGCUAAUGGACAAUAUGCAGUCUUACAAUCCUCCACAGGGAGGGAAAGCACCCGUUGUAUGCACGGCUCUAGUAUGCAAUUUAUCUCAGCCAUCCCCCGGAAAACCGGUGCUGCUGAAGCAUCGGGAGGUCGUCACUUUAUUCCAUGAACUUGGGCACGUAGCAAAGGCUAUGAAAACACUCGAACGGUUUCUUUUCUUCCGAAUCAUCUUGUUCGAAAUCUGGCUGCAGCCAAAGGGGUUAAUCAAGCUAUCUCGACACUAA